AUGAAAGUUUACAAAGUUGGCGACAUCGUAGAUAUUCGGGGCAAUGGUGCAGUUCAAAAAGGUAUGCCACACAAAGUCUACCAUGGCAAGACAGGUCGUGUUUACAAUGUUACAGCUCAUGCUUUGGGUGUUAUUGUAAACAAGAGAGUUAGAGGCCGCAUUCUACCCAAGAGGAUUAAUAUUCGUAUUGAACAUGUUAAGCACUCUAAGUGCAGACAAGAUUUUCUCAAGCGUGUGAAAGAGAAUGAAAGGCUUCUUAAAGAAGCUAAGGCUGCAGGCAAGAUUGUCAAGCUCAAAAGACAGCCUGAACCACCAAAAUCAGCACACAUUGUUAACGGUGCAGAAAAACCAAUCUUAUUAGCGCCAAUUCCAUAUGAGUUUGUAGCU